CACACUGGGGCCCGUGUGAUUGGGUCCCUGCUCUCUGUGAGAGGUCCACUCUGUCCUGUCGUGUCCCCCAAAACCCUCUGCCGUGCCACGCGUCUCUUUAGUUGCCUUCCGGAGGAACUCUACCGCAGCUGAUCCUCCGGCGGAGCCAAAUGCAGAGAAGAGGGAAAGACGGGGACAAGAUGAGUGCUCUGCAAAGACGGCAUGCUCUAGUGGCAUAUCUGUACCAGAGAAUAUAAGUGUUUAUUAAUUCUUCCACAUUCUCUCUGAAAAGGGGAGGGGCAAUGGCUCGGACAAAUGCUGGGCAGCUUUUGUAUGCAAAUGAAAUGCCAUCCUAUUGGUUGACCUUUGAUCCAGUGGCCCGGAGAGCCUGAAGGUCACUUCUGCAGCAAAACCCACCGUCCAAUGGGGACCCGCAUACGAGGCCUAAGGUGGUUACGCCGCUAGCCCGGAGUUGCGCGGCUGCGUAGCUGCCCGCAUCCACGGUUGGAAAGACGAAGCCGGGGCCUGACCGCAGCACCGGUUGCCAUCUCUUCUGCGCAUGCCGGGGACUGAUUGAUUGCAGUAUUGACAGCGCCGUCUGAGAUGUCGCUUUGCCUUCCGUGUCGCUCCCUGCUGCUCCGCCAUGGACACACGCACGCACACGCAGGCGCGUGCGCGCACACGGUUUCCUAGCAGCUGCACACGCACACGCAGACACCUUCGCUGCGCAUCGCUGGCAUCAAAGGAGACGGCUUUGUCACGAACAUGUCUCCGCUUGCUGAGCUUCGUCGAUUUCCCGCUUGGAUUUUAUUCGACUGAAAAAGACUCUCUUUUUUCAUUCCGCCACCUUUUAAUCUUUCCCUCCCCCCCCUCGGCUGCCCUCCCUUACCAUCUGUGAGGACUAAGCCGCAUCGGCGGUUGCGGCAAGACGGCGAAUGACACUCCGCUUCGUUCCCCUGUGCUGUCGGGCCGCGACUGACGGCACUGCUGGGUUUUCUUGUUUUUUUGGGCCUUUUGUGUGCAUUGCUCCCCGUCGGCCCGGUGCUCCUGGGCUGAAUUGAGCUAUUGUUUGAAUCCAGGGGUCCUUAGCGCUCGAAAUCCACCCCCCCCCCCACAAUACCACCUCCUGCUCGGACCAACCAAAUCGCCCUCCCCCAAUUCCUCGCCUGCCUCCCCCCAUCCCCCCAUCCCCCACCACCCCCCCGUUGCAGCCGAGAAGCCACAUAACGUGCUACUCCGCGCACGUGAACCUGGAAACUAUAAAUCGGAGACCGAUCGCGAGUGCAGUGUAAUGCAUUGUGGGACGCGUACAGAACCGGAGCAGAUCAAGAAGAGGAGAGGAACUCGGAAUCAUAUCCCAUCUGGAUCCCAGGCAGAGUCAGCAUCAGCUGUCGUACCGGGGCUGUUGUGUCAGUGAGUGUGCGUGCGUGCAUGUGUAUGAGUGAGUGGUGCGUGACUGUGUGUAUGAGACCGAGCGGUGGAGAGUGGGAGGUUGCCGGUUCAGUAGCUGCCCGCCAUGAUCCCCGCCGUGCCCUCGGAGCAGAGGUGAGGGGCCCAGCCAAUGUGGGGACAGCGGGGGGCCUCCGGUAGCCCUCCGCGGCCAUCGUCAUGAAGAAGACACGCAGCAGCAACCUCCGCCGGGCCUGGCCCAGCUCUGACUUCUCGGAGCGGGCCUCGGAACGGGCCUCGGAGCGCACCCGGUCUCGAAGUGAGAAGGACUACCGUCUCCACAGGCAGCUCCCUCUGCCUUUCGUCUCCCAGCCACCUCGGGGAUACACGGCGUCAGGUGAUGCGUCGCCCCUCAGCAUGUCUCCCGUUGGCCAGUCCCAGUUCAUCCCGCUGGGGGAGGUCCUCUGCCUGGCCAUCUCGGCCAUGAAUUCGGCUCGGCAGACCGUCACGCAGGAGACCCUGAUGGAGCACCUGGCCACCUGUUUCCCAGGAGUCCCGACGCCGAGUACGGAGGUCCUCCGACACACUCUAAACAUGCUGGUGCGAGAACGAAAGAUCUACCCCUCUCCAGAGGGAUACUUCGUUGUAACGCCACAAACGUACUUCAUAACUCCGUCACUCAUCAGAGCUAACAGUAAGUGGUAUCACCUGGAUGAACGGGUCCCGGACCGACAGCAGCAGCAGUGCACCUCCCCACAGUCUGGAACCAUCACACCCUCCACCUCAGGCUGCCUGAGGGAUAGAGCCCAUCACAAAAACCAGGGCGACUCAUUCAACUCUUACCGUGAUGAUCUGCCCAGUCUUCAUGCCUCCACUCUCCAGAGGAAGUCACCGAGGGACCUAAAGGACUCCUAUUCACCUCCCCCUCCCCACCAAGCCGCUGCCCCAGAAAAGAGCAAGGGCAACCUCAAUUUCUCUUUCAAGACAGAUACUCUUACCCGGCACAGAGAAGCAAACAGCUCGGGUGAGAAGCAGUCCAAGAAGUUUGGGCUGAAGCUCUUCAGGCUGAGUUUCAAAAAGGACAAAACAAAGCAUGUGGCCAACUUCUCAGCCCAGUUCCCCCCGGAGGAGUGGCCCCUGCGGGACGAGGAGACACCGAACAACAUCCCUCGGGAUGUAGAGAUGGAGAUCAUCCGACGUAUCAAUCCAGACCUGACAGUGGAGAAUGUGAUGAGGCACACCGCGGUGAUGAAGCGGCUGGAAGAAGAGCGCGCCCAACGCAGAAAGGCGAAUUCUUCCGCCCAACAUGGUGGCCGGAGCCGGCGAAGCCGUGGCCUGCACAAGCCACAAGGAAAGUCCCGAUCUCACAGUAAGACCCGGACAUUUAGAGCUGACCCCCUGGAGGACCCAAAUGUGGACUCCAACCUGGACCACCGAGAUGCCGUGCUCUGUAUGGAGCGCCGCAGGGGGAAGUACUUUGCCCAGAGCAAUCCCAACAUCAUUGAGUCUCACAUCCCUGUCACACCCGAAUGGGAUGUGUCAGGGGAGUUAGCAAAGAGGAGGACAGAGAUGCCCUUCCCAGAACCAUCUAGGGGCACAUCACACUCCAAGGUUCACCGCAGCCAGAGCCACACACAAGAGAGGAAGUCUCGCAACGAGAGGCCUGACAAGGCCAAAGAGAGGUCUCGCUCCAUGGACAACUCCAGGGGCCCUCUAGGGACAGGUCCUUUUGGGGAAGACUAUGAAUGCUUUGAGGACAGGAGUCGCUAUUACACUGACCAUGGCACUCUGCGGGCUCUUCAAGAACCCCACUACACGCGAAUCGUGCUUUCUGCUGCAAAGUUUAAUCAUGAGGUUUGUCUGCCUGAUGCUGAGAUAGGCAACUCUGAGGACUCCAAAGCCUAUAGUCCACUAGAGAAAAGCAAAAGCAGAGACAAUUUGUUGACCUACAGUGACUUUAAGCCUUCCUUGCUUAAGUCCACAGCUGAUGGUUAUUUUCAGGGCAAUACGGCCUUGGAAUCAUCUCACGUUGCGCACUCCCCUCUGGGGAAAUCUGAGCAGGAGUCUUUCACAAAAUCAGAUGGUGUCAAAAAGGGGAGUCCCUCUGACAGGCAGACACCCCAUAUCACUUCCCCCCAUUCGAUGGAGUACAAAGAAGAGACGUCAAAAGGACAGCAUGGCAUCUGUCUGCCGAUGGUGAGUCAGGCACAAGAGCCAGCGUCAAAUGGACGCUUGCCGCACCAACAUAACUUAGACCCCGGGGGCACGGACACAAGGAAGGAAAUCUUCAGCAAAGACACUUUGUUUAAGCCACCACACAAUACAUUGAGUGUGAAUUACGCAGAGAACAGCUACACGAAAUCAGGCACGUUGAGGAGGACCCCGAGCGUGAACUCUUCCGAGAUGCUGAGCGACCGUGAACGCUUUGAGAAGCCUACACAGUCAUCGACGUCCCCUGGCUCAGCGGUCCAGCAGGGCACAGAGCUGGCCUCUGGUCCCGGGGCCACAUUUGAUUACUACAAUGUAUCAGAUGAUGAUGACUCUUCAGAAGCUACACGCAAGCAGGCCGAAGAGGGCACUGCCCGGGAAGGAGGCGGUACCAUGCAGUGGCUGCUGGAGCGCGAGAAGGAGCGAGACCUGCAGCGCAGGUUUGAGAAGAACCUCUCCCUCCUCACCCCCAAGGACAACGAAAAUGUAAAUGUGCAAAAGUCGGCCCACUCAGCCCGUCUAGACAGCAUGGAUAGCAGCAGUGUCACGGUGGACAGUGGAUUUAAUUCACCACGCACUAGGGAAAGCCUGGCCUCCAACACAUCCAGCAUUGUAGAGAGCAACAGGCGCCAGAACCCGGGCCUUAGCCCCGGGCACCUGGGCACUGCCAGCACCCUGCCCUUCACCUUCCGGACAGUCCUCGAACCCCCAGCCAGCCAGCCCGAGACACUGCAAAAACCAUCAAACUGUUUAGCUUCCAUCACGAGUGUGUGACACAACUGUGCUGGACGGAAGGAGAGGAAAGGAAGCGGACCCCUCUUCUCAGCUCUGAAGGACCCCCUUUACUCCUUCCUGGGACUGUUAUUACUGCAUAUGACUUCCAGACCCCGUGACAGGAUUGUUGCAAAUAACAUCUAGUUUGUUUUUAAUUGUUUUACUGCUGCUUUUUUUUACAUGUUUUAGUGUAAUACACAGCAUAUACUGAGCACAGGAGAAGUGAUUUACAGGAGUAACAAUAACAGUGUGGAAAUUAACUCAAAUAUUUGUUUGAGCUGAUCUAAAUUUCAAAUUUCUUUUGCUUUCUAAACACCAGUUAUUUUGACAGUCCUAAAUCUAGUCAAGCUUUUACAGCAUAUUGAAUACAUAAGCAGUUAACAGUUUUUGACCUGACAGUUGAAAUUCACUAUGUAAUGUGGCUCCUGUCAUAUAGGAAAUCUCAGGUCAUUUGAAAUUCUACUACAUUAAGAUAUAUACACACGCACUGCCUGAAAACACUUGUCCCAAAGGGCAAACCGGAGCCGAACCCGGCA